GAACUCUUGCAGGCUUUCUACUCGCUAGUUAGCGUCGUUGUGUUUCCACUUAUUUUCGCUGUCAUCUCUAAAAAUUUGAACAGCUGUUAAGUUAUGUCAAAACGCUGCUUUCAGCGACGCAUGUGUUUUUCCCCCAAGUAGUCAGCAGCACGGUAAACGCUUAUGUUGUUCAACAGCACUUUGCGACGUAGCUUUGCACGUGUCAAAACUUUACAAUUCACGCAAGUAAACACAUUCCUGCACAUGGAAUCUCCAAUAGCACCCAGCACAACUGUGACACAGUUGGGGGAAACACAAGCAGACAUGGUACAGCAGAAAAAUACCGAUGAUUAUAAAAUUGAAAAUAAAUGUGCAAGCAAAGAUGCGCUUAACUCUGUACUUUCUAAAGUAACUGUUAGCACGCGGCAACCUAAGCCAGCACCACCACAGCUUCGCCGGGAGAAGCAGCUACAAGCCGCCAAAAAGAAAACAACGCCCUAUAUACCAGGUAUUGUGAAUUUACAAGUGCUCGGUGCCGGUGCCAAUGGUUCACCAAGUGCCAUCUAUCUGUUUACCGAUCAGGCACGUUAUUUGUUCAACUGUGGUGAAGGGACACAGCGUUUAGCACAUGAGCACAAAACAAAGUUAGCGCGUUUAGAACAUAUUUUCGUGACGCGCAAUACUUGGCCGGUAGUGGGUGGAUUCCCAGGCUUAGCUUUAACUGUACAGGACGCAGGUGUAAAGGAAAUGGCGCUGCAUGGGCCCCCACAUUUAGACAGCAUAUUGCACAGCAUGAAACGCUUUGUCGUACUGAAAACACUGAAGGUAAAUACCUGUGAUUGCACACAAUCGACAGACUUUGAAGACGCCGUGAUGAGCGUCAAGUAUGUGCCGCUUUAUAAACAGCCAUUGGUCACCACGUCAAAUGCCACGCAAAUGAUAGACGCCAACAAUCAAAUGGUGGUUGCUUAUAUAUGCAAGCUAAAACCACGACCGGGUGCGCUUAACUUGGUCAAAUGUGUUGAACGUGGUGUGCCACCUGGUCCGCUGUUGGGUCAACUGAAGAAUGGCUUCGAUGUUACAUUGCCCGACGGUACCGUGGUGCAUUCCAAGGACGUGAGUGAACCCAGUGAAACAGCGCUCUCCUUCGUGUUCUUAGAUAUACCGACAGCGGAGUAUUUGCCGGCACUACAAGCGCAAGCGGAUGUAUUCCGCAAUCUACAACAGGACAUGGAAAAUGAAGUUGCGCUGGUGGUGCACUUUACGCCGGCCGAAAUAUUGGAAAACAAUUGUUAUCGCGAUUUCAUGGAGAAUUUCACGCCACGAACACAGCAUUUAUAUUUGAAUUCGCCACAUAACAACUUUUCUGGUUAUGUAGCUGCGCAUCGCAUACAAUAUCAACUAAAUCAAUUGAAUACACGUACAUUUCCACUGCUCACCGAGGCAAAAGACGCCUGCAGCAGUUUGCAUAUUAGCAAUAAAUUGAAGCGUACUAAAUUAGGCGAAACGGAGAAGGUGACAGAAGGCACACAGAAGGCAGUAGGUGACGCUAAUGAAACGCAGCUAACAAAUAUAAACUCGCUUACAAACUUCCAUUUGCGUCCCCGGAAGGGUCUUGAUCGCAGCGCGGAGGCUCAACUCAAUCCCAGUGAAUAUAUUAGCGAAACACAGGCACUCGCUGACUUUCCGACAUUACUCAGCAAACUAAAAGAUAUUCAACAAACGCUACCUGCACCGAAUUGUACAGCUAAAUACCCCAAAAUCACUUUUCUCGGCACCGGCUCCUGCAUACCGAAUAAAACACGCAAUGUGAGCGCCAUUAUGAUACAACCAGCCGAAAAUUCCUUUAUGCUGCUCGAUUGUGGUGAAGGUACACUCGGCCAAAUUGUGCGCUUCUAUGGCAAAACACGUGCUGAAAGCGUUGUGCGUAAUCUGAAAGCGAUUUAUAUCUCGCAUUUGCAUGCGGAUCAUCAUAUCGGGCUGAUUGGCUUGUUAAAUGAGCGUCAGCGCCUGCUGCAGGAGGCGGAUGUGCCACAGGCAGAGCAAAAAGUAUUGCUCUUUGCACCCAUACAAAUACAACCUUGGCUGAACUUCUACAAUGAGCGCAUUGAGAAUAUUGCACAAACCUACACGCUCAUCGGCAAUGCCGAACUGUUGGAGCAACCAAUGCUUUUGCAUGAAACACGCGCUGAUCUCGCCAUUGAGGCAAUCGGCACAUGCCUGGUGCGUCAUUGUCCGCACUCCUUUGGUGUUUGUCUCCGACUGCCAGCGCCAACAGAUGGCAGUGAACCAAUAACAAUCACUUAUAGUGGCGAUUCAAUGCCCUGUCGCGAUCUUGUCGAGCUUGGACGCAACUCAACGGUGCUCAUACAUGAAGCCACCAUGGAAGAUGACUUAAUCGAAGAGGCGAAAGUAAAAAUGCAUAGCACUAUUUCGCAGGCCAUCGCACAGGGCCGCGAAAUGCAAGCACAACAUAUAAUACUCACGCAUUUCUCACAACGCUACGCGAAAUUGCCACGCAUGCAGCAACUAGUGGGCGGCGACGAAGCGCAGCCACAGUUGAAUAAUGUAUCUAUAGCCUUUGAUAAUAUGCAAGUGACGUUGGGUGAUUUGGAGCAAUUUCAUUACAUGUACCCGGCGUUGCAUGCGCUUUUUGCCGAGCAUGCCGAGGAAUUGGAACAGAAGGCGUUGAAACGGGAAAUGAAAUUGGAACGGAAACGGAAAUUGUUGAAUGCAGACUGAGGAGAAGUGAAUAUUUGGUAUAAAUUCGUGAACAAUGUUAUUAGAUUUUAUCUCGUUAUGCUUGUAAAUUCUAAAUUUAUUUGUUAGCUAUCUAGACGCACUGACGUCGCAAAAAUUAGUACGUACGUACACAAAUAUAUAAAGCUUAUGUGUAUAAAAUUGUUAAAAAAAAGUAUUAAUUAUUGACUGGCCAUUAUUGUUGUUGUUAUAGCAGAGUUGACAGUACUUGGCUGAAUAAAAUCCGUUCCAGUUAUGUAAGUUCAA